UUCAGGGCAGUGUGACUCAUAGGUUCCCAUCCCUGCAGAGUGCCCUGGAGCACCAAGCAGCACGGCCAUGGAGCCCCUCUCCUUCCAGGAAUACAUCUGCUCCCUGGACCCCGCCACCCUGCCCCGCAUCCUCAGGAUUUGCUCCGGUGUCUACUUCCAAGGGUCCGUGUACGAGAUCUCAGGCAACGAAUGCUGCUUGUCAACGGGCGACCUGCUGAAAGUCACAGCCGUGGCGCUGCAGAAGGUCAUCUGUGAGGACACGGAGACGGGGCAGACAAUGGAGCUGCCACCGACGUUUAAGGGUACGUUCCAGCCCGCUCCAGCACCGCGGGGACCCCUCCUGGAGGGCAACAGGCGACGGGGGCUGACGCUGCAGCAGGCGCUGGGCCGGUGUGACGGGCGGCCUCAGCCGCUGCUGUGCCGAGCCCUGGGCCCCCGUGCGCUGCUCCUGCGCCCUGUCUACGAGGUGCACGCUGCCAUGCACCUGCGUCGGGACGUGGUGAAGAUCCCCUCCACGCUGGAGGUGGACGUGGAGGACGUCACAGAGGAGGCGCAGCACAUCGACUUCGCCCGGCCACUGCUGCUGAGCGAGGUGCUGGGCAUGGAGGACGUGCUGCCAGCCCAGGCUGAGAUCCUGGAGGGCCCGUCUGGCCCUGCCGUGUUCCAGAGCUCCUGGGUGCUGCGGCUGCGCCAGGGGCAGCGGCUGCUGCUCCACGGCUGCUCCGGCGCAUGGCGGGUGCUGGCCUCGGCCCCGGGCAGGAGCCGCCAUUUCCUGCUCUCCAGCACCUACCAGGGCCGGCUCCGGAUGCGGCCGCAGCAGUUCACGGGGGUGCAGGAGCUGGCGGCUGCCCUGCACCCUGGCCGAGCCCUGCGCGUGGUGGUGACGCAGGACUGCGAGGGACGAGGGCUCCACGUGCCUCCGCUCAGUGUCGGCGACCGGCUGGAGGCUCUGGGGCUGCAGGGGCAUGGCACCCGCCUGCGCUGCCGCCGCCACAGCGCCGAGGAAGAGGAGGGCGAAGAGCUGCUGCUGCCGCUGGACAUGGGGGGCAGCUUCGUGGAGGAGACGUGCAGCAGCAAGAAGUAUGGGCUGGCGGAGCUGCUGGAGCAGCAGGCGCUGCCCUGCGAGGUGCGGGUGGUGUCCCCGGACCCAGCGCUGGCGCAGGAUGCGCUGGGCACCCUGCCCGCCCUGCGGCUCGAGGCACGCCUGGACCAGCCCUUCCUGGUGGGCAGCUUCUGCGAGGAGCCGGAGGAGGGCUUCGAGGUCCCACCGCGGUGGAUGGACUUCUCCGUCCUCCUGCGUGAGGGGCCCGUGCGCCCCGCGGCCCCCUGCGCCCCUGUGGAGGAGCUCACCGAGACCUUCUACUACCGGCUGCUGGCCCAGCUGCCCGGCAGUGCGGCCUCACCACCCCCCCGGCCCCCCAAGCCAGCGCAGGCAGGGAUGGGCUCUAGGGGGAAGCCCCCCUUGGCCCCCAGACCCUCUGGCCCUGCUCCAAUGGGUGCCUGCCUGGCUCCUCCAGUGCUGCCCCAGAGGAGCACCUCCAGCCUGUGUGGACAGCGGGGACUCCCCAGGGAUGCAGGCACAGGGAGCGACAGCGCUGAACAUGAUUAUGAAACUAUUGAUGACACCAUCCAAAAGACUGUGCACAAAAUGAAGGCGAUUUUCCCCUUCUAGUCCUCCAGCUUGUGAAAGCCACCCAGCCUCCAAGCACUCUGAGACCUUACGUGACAUUGGUUCCUUGCAGAGGCUAAAUACAGCCCUGGGGAUGCACAGCAGAACCUCCACUUGUCUUGGUCCUGCAGAACGGUGCCCACGUUCUUCAAAGGCAAGCAGGCUGCACGGGGCAGCCCUGGGCACAGACUGAAUCCCGCUGUCGUGCUGUGAGCUGUGUCCUCAGCUAUCACACGGGGGACUCUCCAACAGCACCAGACCAGCAUAUUGCUGGGUGGCCACCAAGAUGCCACUGAGAUGCCAGCACAGGCGCUGGGACAUGGACCUUGCUCUGCUCCACUGUGCUGACAGGGUGCCUGGGCUGGGAUUAGAGGGUGCUUCCAGAUGGAGAUGCUCUAGGGCCAGCAUGUCUGUUUGGCGUGUGGGGAGACAUAGAACCAUGACAAGUUCCUUCAUGCGGUACAAGCUGUGCCCCAGCUGGGGCUCAAUGCACCCAGUGACAUGUUUUCACGGUUGCCUGUCAGGAACCCACUUCUCUUAAGGCAGAAGCUGCAUUUUCCUCAAGUACAGCCACAGUUGCUUCUCCCUCUGGCCUGAUUUCUACACCAAGGUUGUAUAAACACUGUAAAAAUGUUGUGGUUUUAGGUUUUGCUGGUUUUCUCAUCCAUGUUUAACUGCACUUGCAGCUGGAAGCAACGUCUGUCCUAUAGAGCUCCCCCCCCAGUCCCCUUCUGCUUGCAGGCAUGCUUGUGGCACUCUUUCAGACUCUUGGCACCUACAAUGGUGCCAAUGAGCUGCACUCAUGGCACUGGGUGCAAAAAAAUCACCUGAAAACCAAAUAAGGACCAAAGUUCAAUUCUUCUUUCCCUGGAAAUUUGGCAAAGCUCCAGGGAAGUGGCAGAGACAAAGACCUGAUGGUCCUGAUAUGCAUUAAAGGAGAAGAGCAGCUGAUGAUGGGAGAGCUUUCCACUGAAAGCAGGCAAGGAUGUCACUCCUGCACCACUUCCUGUGCUCCUUUCUAAUCAGAGCUGGAAAAUAAAUUGUAAGUCUCAUUUAA